AUGUUACGCCGACGAGAUCGCCGACUUCUGCAGGAUUCAAAAGUCAUCCCUACAGACUAUGUCGCUGCCCAACACCAUCUGCUCAUUACGGACUUGAAAAUCUCCCGUCCAAGGAAAAGACAUCCAAGGACUGAAACACAGCGCAUCAAAUGUUGGAAUCUGAAGGAUCGAAAGAAGGUAUUUUUCACGUCCGUGGCUCCAUCUACACUUCCCCACCCUACUCGUAGUGUGGAGGAAAUCUGGUCGUCUACUUCCAGCGUUAUACGCUUGACCGCGGAGAACACUCUGGGAAAGACGACUCUAGGUAAGCCCAAGGUACAAAAGGCUACGUGGUUUUGGAACGAGGAAGUUCAGGCGGCAAUUCGUGAGAAGAGGUCCAAGUAUAAGCUCUGGUGGAGGACACGUCAGCCUGAAGAUCGGAGUGCUUACCUAGCGGCGAAGAGGGAGGCUAAGAAGGCAGUCUCCAAGGCGAAGUCGGACCGCUACAAGGCUGUGUACGACAUGCUUUAUACCAGAGAGGGCGAGCGGGCAGUGUAUCGUUUAGUCAGAGCGCGUCAUCGCUCAACGUUGGAUAUGGAGCACACCAAGAUCGUUAAGGGAGCUGAUGGAGCCGUUCUGCGCCGCUCUGGUCAGAUUCUGGAGAGGUGGCGAGAGUACUACAAUCCCUUGUGUAACGAAGAGUUCUGUCAUCCUCCCAUCCCAACUGCUCCCAGCGUCGAGGGUCCUGUUCUACCAAUUACUGCCGUCGAAGUCAGUGCUGCCCCCGCAAAAAUGAAGUCGAACAAGGCAACCGGUCCUGAUGACGUACCUACUGAUGUCUGGAAGCUGCUAGGAGAUCAAAGGUCCGUGUGGCUCGCAACUCUAUUUAACAAGAUCGUUGCAGAAGGACGGACUCCAGACGUUUGGCAAACUUCCGUGACCGUGCCUGUCUGGAAAGGGAAAGGAGACAUUGCUGACUGCACUUCGUACAGGCCUGUACGACUGCUGUGCCAUACGAUGAAGGUUCUUGAGCGUGUCCUGGACGCUCGUCUGAGGAAAAUUGUCAGCGUUUCACUCAACCAGUGCGGCUUUGUGAAGGACUGCAGCAUUAUAGAUGCUAUUCAUGCUGUUCGAAUCCUGGAGAAACAUCGAGAGAAGAACCGCAGUGUGCAUCUUGCUUUUCUCGAUCUCGAGAAAGCUUUCGACCGUGUCCCACAUGAGUUGUUAUGGAUGUCCAUGAGGUCGCAUAGAGUACCAGAAGAAUAUGUGCGGUGGAAAAAGUUGCUUUAUGCGAAGCCUACCAGCGUUGUACGAUGUGCUGUUGGAACAAGCAGGCCAUUCCCUGUACGAGUAGGGGUUCAUCAGGGUUCAUCCCUCUCACCUCUGCUGUUCAUACUGUGCAUGGACACGAUAACGAAGGAAAUCCAGAAGCAGCAUCCGUGGACUCUACUCUUUGCCGACGAUGUCAUGCUCGCGUCGGAGUCUCGAGAUGAUCUUCAGAAACAAGUGCAGUCUUGGAAGGAUCAGCUGCAGCAAUAUGGAUUGCGCCUCAACACAUCAAAAACUGAGUACAUGGAGUGCGGACCAAGGAUAGAGGACGGUUCAAUUCGUGUUGAUGGCACCGAAUUAAACAAGGUGAAUUGCUUCAAGUACCUUGGAUCCAAAGUGACUCCCACAGGCGACAUUGAUCAAGAAGGUCGAGCACGUGUUAAUGCUGCAUGGAUGAAAUGGAAAAUGGCAACAAGGGUGCUGUGCGACAAGAAAGUCCCUGUUAGACUGAAGUCGAAGAUCUACAGGACGGUUGUGCGUCCUGUUGCCCUUUACGGAUGCGAGUGCUGA